AUGGUAAAAAGCACACGGAGGAAGAAGGGCUCUUAUUCUGAAUCUGAAAAGACUUGCCUGCUUCCGCUGCCCCCCUCGAAUGGCCGAAGGCUGGGCAAAAAAGUGGCCGUGGGGCACGAGGUGCAUUUUGUCUGCGAUCCGGGCUUUCAGCUGACGGGCUCAGAGACACGGGUGUGCCUGGAGAACCGGACCUGGAGCGGACAGCCACCUUCCUGCAAAAACAUCGAUGACUGCGCCAGCAACCCUUGCGCCCACGGCGGGACCUGUGUGGAUGGUGUCCAUCGCUACAGCUGCCUCUGUCCCAGCGGGUGGUCGGGCAGCACCUGCCAAGCCCCGCUGCACCCCUACGGAACGACGCACAACGCCUCCUCCUUCAGCCGCCAGCCCCGCUGCGCGGACGGCCUGCUCGGCUCCCGCCAGUGCAGCUGCGACCUGGGCUUCCAGAUGCGGGCAGGAGGCCUUUGCCAAGAUGUGGACGAGUGCCACCUUUUCCAGUCCAGCCGCCACACCCGCAUCUGCCUCCAUGAAUGCGUAAAUCUCCCUGGGUCCUACCGGUGCGUCUGUCCCAAUGGCUACCGGCUCCAAGCAGACCAGAACACCUGUAAUGACCUUGACGAAUGUGCUGAAAACCAACACAACUGCAGCCGCGGACAGACCUGCGUCAACGUCUUCGGGGGCUUCCGCUGCGUGCGGCCCGAAUGCCCAAAGGCCCACCUCAACACCACCUACGUCAAGACUUCGCCCUUGCAGUGCGAGCGCAGCCCGUGCCCGAUGGACAGCAGCGCCUGCCAGAGGGCGGCCCAUUCCAUCUCCUUCCACUACCUGCCUCUGCCGUCCAACCGCUCGGUGCCGAGGGUCCUCUUCAAGAUGUCCACCAGCCGGUUUGUGGGGGACAGCCUCCGCUUCGCCAUCUUAGGGGGCAACGGGCAGGGGAAGCUGGUGGUGCAGCGCUCGGACCAGCACACGGGGGAGCUGGUGGUCACCCGGCCGCUCGUGGGGCCGAUGACGCUGGAGGUGGACCUGGAAAUGAGCGAAUUUGCCCGGAAGGUCCUACUCGGGAAGCACAUCUUCAAGAUCACGGUCUUCGUCUCCCAGUAUGAAUUCUAAGGCCUUUCCCACCACCUCCAAGCAAGGCCUGGGAAAGCAUGAACAGCGUUGCUGGGAGGGCUCUCGAAAUGACCCCUUAGUGGGCUGGAAGGGGUUGUGCGGGUGUGUGACUACUGUGGACCUUGAACCUUUAAGCUCUCCCCUGUCGGAUGCUUGCACAACUCCAUGUACCCCCUUUUCCCCCAUGCAAGGAAGUCUCAUGCUGUAUCAGCUUUUACCGGUCAUCCCUGAAUGUGCCCCCCUGCUUGUUGCAUUGUAGAACUGUAGUGGUGGAAGGGACCCUAAGGGUCAUCUAGUCCACCCUCCUGCCGAAAUCUAGCGAAGGCCUCCAGGGCAGGCGGCACCCCACACUCCGUUUCCAAACCUCCAAGGAAGGAUCCUUGGCCACCUUUCUAAGGCGUGCAGGCAGUGUUAAGAGGGAGGGAGGAAAGCAGGAAGCAAGAACAUCGGAUUCCUGGAAAAACUCAAAUCCUCCUCGGGAUCAGCAGACGACCAGGACCACCAACCC